GUUGAUCAUGUGUUCACGAAUGCUGCAGAUCUAGAAGGAGAUGAAAAUGAGCAAAUUGCUGAGCUGCAUAACAGACGCACCCUAUUAGCUGGUUACUGCAAGCUGAUUCUGUACAACACUUUGGAGCUGCACUUUGCUAGUGAAGUCUUCAAGUAUUAUGUUAAGUAUUAUGUUCACUAUGGGGACAUCAUUAAGGAAACCCUUCACAGAUCCCGUUCAGUGAGCAGGGAGGAGAGCACCAGGACCAUCCUCCUGAGUCUGACCCAGUCAUAUACAGGGUUCCUUUUAGAGGAGGAUUCUCCCGACAGGCGCUUUGCACCUUCUUUCCUUGAGAUUCGUGAUCUUGCAAGACGAUUCGCACUUCUGCUGGGGCCGGAUCAGUUGAGAAAUCGUCAGGAUAUAAUACUUCUACACAAAGAGGUAUUAAAGUUCUCUCUUCGAUCCUCCAGCAGAUACUGACUACAGGUCUUCCCAGAAACCUGCUGUUCCUUGAUGUGCUGAGCGAAAUUUUCACCACCAAAACUUCUUAAGCAGGCCAAAAAAGGCUGUCCUGAACUACUUAGAUGAGACCUGUAAGCAGUGCAUCCUUUCAGAUCAGGAGUACGGUGAUGAGGCCAGUGAAAUGUUCGCUCCCCUUCACGCCUACAAGAAAUCUCUCAGUACAGACAGUGAACCAGGAACCACCACACCCAGCCACGCCAGAAGCCGUCGAGGAAAGGACAGGAGGACAGCCAGAAUGCCUUUGGUUUCACCACAUAAAAAGAAGAGGAGAGCCGACCAGGAUUUACAAGAUUCCAGCAGUGUUGUGGGUGAAGAGGAGCACAGAGGCGCACCAAUACUGACCUCCACAAUGGUGCAUGAGAGGAGUGAAGCUUCAAGUCCAGCAAGAGGGAAAGAGACUGAUGAAUCAGACUCGGAUUUCGAUAUGAGUGGAUCUUUUCAAAUCCGUCGUCCUGUCCAGAUACCGAGACCCCAAAGAGCAUCAUCCAUGCUGCCCAGCGCCAUGCACAGUCUCAGCCUGAUGGAAGAGGAUGAACAGAUGGUGAUAGAAGAUGUACAGAGUAGUGCCGAGUCAGCAGCUGGAGAUCUUCUUCCUGACUUGCUGGAUUCCGCCCUCCUGGAUAAUGAAGAGUGA